AUGAAGCAGAAUACAACUGAUGAUAUGAGCCAUACUGCUACGCCGAUAUGUAUUGAAAACGACGGAUACGUUACUCCAGCAGAUAAAACACCGAGCUCUGUAGGCGUGGCUCCGACAGCCCCAAGUGUCAAGCCGUUUACAAUUGUAAAACGAACUGUUCUCUGGAAAGACCCCGAGACGGUUGAGCUGACAUGCUACGCUCCUGAAGUUGCUGAGGCCAGUAAGGCCGGGCACUUCGUCACAGUCAAAGCCUAUGCUCCCUCCGAAAGACUUCCGAUCCCUAUCAGCGACUGUGAUCCCGUUAAGAAGACCAUCACGUUCAUUUGUUCAUCCAUAACGCAUGCAACAAGCAAGAUAGUAUCCUUUGCUGAAGGUCAGAGUCUGUCAUCAAUUACUGGGCCCUUAGGUCAUGCGGCUGAUAUUACAGCAAAGAUGGGCCACGUAGCAGUAGUUGCAGAAGGGGCUGGGCUUGGUCCUGUUCAGCUAUACGCUAGGUCAAUCCAUCAGCUGCCCGGUAACAGCGUAUCUGCUUUUAUCGGUGCUCCGUCAAAGGACCAGCUCGUUGGAGAAAACAAGCUUGCAGAAACAGUCGAUGCUCUUUCAGUGGUGAUUGCUGAUGAAAUCCCUCCAGAAAAGAAGGAAAAGGGACUUGUAGGGGUAUUCGAAGAUUUUCUUCAAGAAACUCUGAAGACUCCUCAGAAGUAUGUACCUGUGGACCUUGUCUACGUGAUGGGACCUUAUCCAUUGCUUCGUAAGAUUUCUGAACUCACUAGGGAUUACGGCAUUCGCACUAUCGGUCUUCUCAGCACCGUUACAGUCGAUGGGUCCAUGCUUCUCGGGACUUUCCGGGUAGAAUUGUAUAACGAGCUCCCGUAUCUCACGAGCAUUUAUGAUAAAUAUGCUCUUCGUAAGGAACACGUCCCUUCCCAUAUUCCAUGCAUUAAUUUGGAUGAGUUUGUCAGAAGCAAUAUUAAUCCCAGCUUUUCCAAAGGUAAGAUUAGCACUAGCUAUGUCUUUGUCGACGGUCCAGAAGUUGACGCUCAUCGUAUUUCUUGGGAGAAGUUUAGACUUGGGACAAGUAUUUAUUCGUCUACAACAUCUUCAGCUGGUAAUGCACACAAGAAGGGUCCAUCUGUACGUUCAGUAAAGCCUGCUCCCACACAGACACCAAUGCCUAUGCAGCAUCCUAAAGUUCGCUGUCAUAACUGGGCCGAAAUAUCUCUAGGCUACACUCCAGAAAUGGCACUGAUGGAGGCGUCACGGUGCUUGCAGUGUAAGAAGCCUAUGUGUGUCAGGGGCUGUCCAGUACAAGUUCCAAUACCCCAGUUCAUUAAAAAGAUCACUGAGCGGGACUUCCUUGGAGCAUAUAAAAUCAUAAAGACUGCACAUAAUUGUCCGUCUGUUACUGGACGUGUCUGCCCUCAAGAGAACCAGUGCCAGUCUGCAGAGGGAAAUUACGGGUGUAUCCUUUGUCGUACUGGUAAAGAGCCUGUUGGCAUUGGGAAGCUAGAGCGGUUUGUUGCCGACUACGUGCGCGAAAACAAUUUGGAGGAUGAAUCACUUAAGGAUGGUAAAAAUAUGCCUGAGAUAGUUUUGUCCGGGUAUAAAGUUGCUAUAAUUGGCUCUGGCCCGACAGGUCUUGCAGCCGCCCGGGAGUGUGCACUUGCGGGUCAUUAUGUUACAAUCUUUGAGGCACUAGAUCAGCCUGGUGGUGUAUUAAAUUACGGAAUCCCUAAGUUCCGGUUGCCAAAGCAAAUAGUUGCUCACGAAAUAAAUAGUGUUAAGCGCUUGGGGCUCGUCGAUAUAAAGACAAAGACUGUCGUGGGGAAGGACGUCACUAUCCCACAACUCCAAAGCGAGGGGUACACUGCCAUAUUCAUCGGUACAGGUGUAGGAAUACCACGUAGCCUUGGCAUCCCUGGAGAAGACCUUCCAGGUGUCUUCACAGCAAACGAGUUUUUGAAGAGGUGUAACCUAGAAGACAACUGUGUAUUUCCAUUCAUUAGCAGAGCUGACAGUAACGAGCCACGCAAAAAGGUCGUGGUCAUUGGGUGUGGAAAUGUUGCAAUGGAUUGUGCUUCGUCUGCACGAAGGCUAGGAGCUGAUGUUGUAGUGGUAUAUCGUCGUCGUCUACAGGAUUCUCCUGCGCGUUUUGAGGAGAUCGAGAGUGCCGAAGCAGAAGGAGUCUACUUUGCUACCUUAAAUUCGCCCUUAGAAAUAAUCCCUAACGAUAGCCGUACCGGCAUAAAGGGACUAAGGUGCCAGGUUAACUCCUUCGAAGCAGGAGCUAUUGUGCCCUUGGAUGGAGAAUUUUCCUUUUUUGCCUGUAGUAUGAUUAUUGUUGCGGUAGGAUUUGGGCCUAAUAACAUUAUCGUGAAGACGACAGAAAAUUUGAAGAUAAAUGACAAAGGUCUUGUGAUUACUGAUGAGAACUUCGAGACUUCUGUCCCAGGUGUCUUUUGCGCAGGAGAUGUUCAGACUGGGGCUGCAACCGUCAUCAAGGCCCUUGGCAAUGGAAAGGUUGCAGGUCAAAGCAUGAACUUUUGGAUUGCACAGAAUCAUGCGACACUUCCUCGAGACAAUGAUCUCUUCGGAAAAGUAAUUAGCCCUGGUAUUUGUCCACCCGCAGAAAAAGUUGACAGGCCUCCACAGGAUGCUCUUUCUGUGUCUUCCUCUGCGACCUCACUUCUCCUCAACAGCGAUAUAGAGGAGACUCUGACCACUCACAUAUAG